UACCGUGGGCCACCGAGUCCAGAAAUCGACGCCGCAUGGCUACGAAUCGGUCUCGCAACCCCUGGCAUACGGCUUUUUGAAUUUGAUCUCAAACUGCUAAACAAAACCGAUACCUCGAGCAGACGCCUGCACCGAAUACCGGAGGAAUUCGGGGGUGGAUAUCUGGGGAUGCUGGAAGUGUUCCACUUGCUGCAUUGUUUAAAUUCGUUGAGGAAGGCAACUUACAAGGAGUAUUACAUUAAGGAGUGGAAGAAGGCAGGUGAGAGAGCUAUGAGGGUUCAUAACGGACCAGAUCACUGCAUCGACAUGUUGCGCGAGGUUCUCAUGUGCUCAGCUGAUGUGACGCCGUUGACAUUUUACGAUGCGUUGGAUAAUCCAGCACGAAAACUUCCCAUGCCUGAUUUCUCGACCUUGCAUACGUGUCGAAACUUCGACGAACUCUUGGAGUGGAAUGCGAAUAAUGACCGCGCGAUGAAGUGGGAUGAGAUGGGGCUUGACUUGAGCGACUCGCAUCAUGUUGAUUGA